UUCUUACAUCUCUAAAGUACUCUUACCUUGAAAUUGUCAUUUUGCAAAUAAGUAUUAAUGCUUGGUUAUCAUUAUCUGUAGAUCAAUAUACUAUAUUUGGAGAAAGCAAUAAACUUUUUUUUCCGAAGUGCUUUAAAAAUGCGGUUAUGAAAUGCUGCCCCAUAAAUAAACCAGGAAUGUUAUUUCAUAUUUGCUAUACAUACAUUGCUUUCAUCAUCAUAAUUCAAUAAAUUUUAAAAUGGCUGAUAGACUUACGCAGUUGCAAGACACAGUUAAUCAGCAAGCAGAGCACUUUUGCAACGCGAUUGGUGUGAUUCAGCAAACAUCCUUUCCUAGUAAAUUUCCAAAUUUCGACCGCACAGGAUGCCAAACGCCCAACCCAACUCAGCCGCAAGAGGACUAUGCCCAGCUUUUUGCACAGUUAAUUGCAAGAUGUGCCAAAGAUAUUGACACAUUAAUAGAGUCAUUACCAAAUGAAGACAGUUCCAUUGAACUGCAAAAUUCCAGCCUAAAGAAACUUGAGAUUGAAAAUCAAGAAACUGCACACGAACUUGAGGAAGUCGUUCGAAGGGGCGAGCUUUUGCUAGAAAAAAUGCAGUCUGCAUUGGAAAACAUUGCUCAAGCUCAAUUGGAUAUGCAAAUAACUCUGAAAACGAAUUAAAAAUUUUCGAACAAAUUAAACAUUACCUUCUCUAAAUUAUAUUUUUCACAGAUUGCGAUUAAAAGUAAACCAUUUUUAAUCCUAUUAAAGAGUAAAUAAGACUACUUUAGUAAUAGAAACAUCAGCCGGCAUCAUUCGAAGAUGCGUACCAUUGCUGGAUUGCUGCAACAGUUGAUCGCAAAGUUCCCUAAACGAACCGUUUUUUUAUACCCUUGCAGAGGGUGUUAUGAUUUCAGUCAGAAGUUUGCAACCCAUAAAGUAUAUAUAUUCUUGAUCAGCAUCACUAGACGAGUCGAUCAAGCCAUGUCCAAAAGUCUUCUUUCUUUUGCAGGUAGUAUAUAAGUCGGAACCAGCCGGAUCGGUCAACUAUAUCUUAUCGCUCCCAUAGGAACAGUGGCGGAUCUACGGUUGCUGGCGCCCGGGGCAAAGCGAUAAAUUCCGCCCCCUCCCUAUUCGCUGUACGAAUAACAUUAGGAGUAUUUUAAGUGUAAAUAGGUUAUUAAUUAUUAAAAGCUUAUACGUUUGAAGAAUUGUA